GGCAAUUAAAUUUCUAGGUUUUUAUCAUGUUCUCUUCCACCGAUGCAAACCCUCUUCAUCAUCCCCAGUUUCUGGUGGCUUCCACCACCUUUCACGGCGGCACUCACCAGACUACUCUCCUCCCUCACCUCCAAGACCACUACCUGUUUCCAAAUACCCACAUGCUACCAUCUAACAACAACAACAACAACAACAACAACAACAACGUUGUUAAUUGUAAACCGCUAAACAGUUAUGUGUUCCCCAGCAACUGCCGGCGCAGAACAACAUCAGGUAAAAAGAAGGAUCGGCACACUAAAAUCUUGACGGCUCAAGGCCCCAGGGAUCGGAGGGUUAGGCUCUCAAUCUGUAGUGCUCGUAAGUUCUUUGAUCUUCAAGACACCUUGGGUUUCGACAAGCCCAGCAAAACACUCAAUUGGCUCUUCGCUCAAUCAAAACUCGCCAUUGAAGAGCUUUUCCAUACUAAAAUGGGGGCUGAAAGGCAAAUAACAGUAUCCGAAAACUCCCAAGAAAUGGGUAUAAGGGCAAAUGAAGAAGAAAAAGAAAAAGAAGGCAAUAUUGGGGUUUUUACUGAUCUUGCUAAUAAACACUCUAGGGCAAAGGCAAGGGAGAGAGCUAGGGCAAGAACUAUCAACAAAAUGUGCUUUAAGGAGCUUAGUGAAGCCAAGAUGUUACUCCCAUCUCCCUUAAUCAAACUUCCCUUACACAAGAAUGAGCUAAUAACUACUAAAGAAUCCAUAGCCCCAAGGAUUUGCUCAGUGUGGGAUAUUCCUAAGCAUCUUAUGAUGCCAAAAGGUUUGGGUGUAGGCCACAGCAAUGUUAGUUCAUCCCAAGUACUUCAAAUUGCAGAAAAUCCUGGGGCUGCUCUGAUCACAACUAUCAAACCUAAUAGCUAAGCUAGCUAUUCACCAAUGUAAGCCACUACAAUAUUAUACCUUAUAUGUUUGCCUUAUCCACAAUCUACCAGGAACCAACUAAGCUGCUCGUACUGACCAUAUCUAUAUGCUCUUAAAAUUGGUUUCUAGUGAGGGUGCUACCGAUCUAUAUAUAUAUAUAUACAAUUUUGUGUUGGGAACCAUCUAUUUUGGUUGUAUUAGAGUGGCUAGGGCUUGCUAGAUAUGUAUAAAUGCAGAUUAUAUUUUGCUACCUUUUGUUACUUAAAUUUUUAAAAGAAUUUUGAUGAAGAUAGACAGUGUGGUAAAAUAUUGUAUCUGUGUGGUCUGCCCUUAUGAUUUCUAUGUCCCUGUUUACACAAGAACAUUCUUGUAUUUAUGGUUAAGAAAAGAGAUUGAACUCAAAUUUAAGAU